GUCCAUACGAAGGUGACAGGGUGACAAGUGGCUACAAGUUGGCUUUAACCAGAAACAUCAGAAACACCAGCUGUUUCUGACUCUAAUAAAUUAUUUAUUUGUUUAUUAAUAAAUCAUCAAUUAAUAAUAUAAAUAUUAUUUAUUGUAAAUAAUAAUAAAAAUGAGCUCAGGUGAUUGGGAUGAAGUAAAGAGGUUGGCUGCUGACUUUCAGAAAGCUCAACUUAGUUCAACAUUACUCAAGUUGUCUGAAAGAAAUUGCGUUGAAAUAAUAACAAAGUUGAUUGAAUCAAAUUUAUUAAAUGUUGUAUUUACAGCUGAUGGAAAAGAAUACAUAACACCACAACAUCUUGAAAAAGAAAUAAGAGAUGAAUUAUACAUAAGUGGUGGUCGAAUUGAUUUAGUUAAAUUGACAAAAAUACUUAAUGUUGAUUUUACUCAGGUAUCAAAAAUAGCCAAUGAAAUUGAAAAACAUGACAAAGGUGUUAAAAUAAUACUAGGUCAAUUGAUUGACCGGAGUUAUAUGACCAAAAUAGUCACCCAAAUAAAUGAUAAAUUGGUUCAAGCUGGACACAUCAAUAUUGCUGAAUUAACAAUUCAUUACGAUUUACCGGCUGAAUUUUUACAAUCAUUAGUUGAAAAAUCACUGGGUAAAUCAAUUCACGGACAGCAAGAUAAACAGGACCCGAAAUUUUUUUAUACUGAUAAUUUUAUCGCUCGUAAUAAAUGCAAAGUUCGCGGUGCACUUAUUGCUAUCACAAGACCUACACCUCUCACUGCUAUUUUGGGACAAUGCGCCGUUCCAGAAAGAAUUUUUUUUACUAUUUUUGAUGACCUUCACAAUGCUGGAGAAACUCCUGGUGUUUUAACCAGCAAGCAGAUAAAUAGUGGAUUAUAUGUACCAACAAUUUAUACAAAAACUCAAUCAGAGUGGGUUGAUAAUUUCUACAAACAAAAUGGAUACUUAGAAUACGAUGCGCUCACUCGUCUUGGAAUAAAUGAUGGUAAAAGUUAUAUAAAACGUCACUUUUCACAAAACACCCCAAUAUUACUGGAGAGUGUUGCAGUAGGUCCAGCAAUUAUUGAUCAAAUAGAUGCUAAUAUUGAAGAAGUUAUUGCGACAAACUCAUUUGUCGACAUCUAUCCUCUCCUUCCCUCUGUUUUUACUCCCGAGGAUAUCGAGAUACUUUUAAAAGACGCAUUGAAACGUUUGAAAAAAAAUUUUCAUAUUUUCAUUACAACUGUUAUUGCUUCUGAAGCUUUUAUGAAUGAUUUGAAUAACAAACUUGAGUCAAUCGCUGAAUUAAAAGCCAAGGAGGCUGUUGACAGCGGCAAGUGGUUGCAGCAUGUCGCUGAAAGUAAAAUAAAAACGAGCAAAAAUAUUGAAAGUCAUAAAUUUGAGGGUAACAGCAAGAAAGAUGAUCGCAGAAAAAAAGCCGCCAGUGGCAAAGCUGGGGGUGGUAGUCAGGGAAGAGAAACUAAAACAAAGUCGACUAAGAAAAAAUAUUAUCAAGGAAAAAAUAAUGACAAUGAUUAUGAUGAUGAUGAUGAUAACAGAGGGUCCAAAGGGUCAGACAAAUUUGAAUUAAUAUUAUUUUCCGUUGACGAUUUGAAAAGUGAAUUGAAUAGAUAUGAAAAUUUAUCAGACGUUGAAGAACUUGUUGAUGAGUUGACGAAUUAUUUUCACCCGAAAUUAAAUAAACUCGCACUGACAUUGGCUGAGAAAUUCGCUCAGGCAACUAAGACAACUAACUUCAGUGAUGUUGAAGAUAAAUUAAAUAUGCUGAUUACAAAUAUUCGUGUUUUUGAUAAAGGAAUAAAGUGCAUAGGGAGCAAAGAUACCGUUAACUCGUUGACAAAAUAUUUAAUCAAGACAUUGGGUACUGAUUUCAUAAACGAGUUACUAAAAUUAGCGGCUGUGCAAAAUGUUUUACAAUGUUCAGAUAAUUUAACGACGGAAUCACGGCAGAAAAUGAUUGUCGAGCUGCCUGAUGACAUUAGAGAUGAGCUGGACAAUGUCAACAAAGCUGUGAUAAAAGGUUCCAUUGAAGAAUUAUUAAAUUCGGCUGAGCCAGCGAUGGCUGCCUGUUGUUUAAUUCUAAAAAAAUUCGACAAGAAACGGGAGAAAGCUGUCAUACUUGGUCACAGACAAGCGUUGCUUGAAGAAUUAAAAGAUACCGAAGAUCCAGCUCUGGCUCUUCAUUUAACGACGAGUAUUUUAUUUACUGCCGCUACUCAGUGCGCUCUUCACAUGUCCGGCAGACAUGUUUCCUCUAUUUUAUCAUUUCUUCAAUCAUUUUUAAUUCCUACCACUUCUACUCUGCUUACAGACUAUCACGAUCAUGUAUUAGAAUUAUUGAGUUCCAAUGACUCGACAACAAAAGAAGAGACACGAAAAUUAUUAACUGAUGGAUUGGAAAAAUUAAAAGACAUUGCCUACAGUUUCAAAGAGCAAAUUAAAAACUCGGACAAUAAAAAUGAAUAGUUUUAAAAACUGUUUUUCGUUUUUUUUUUUUUUAUUAUGAAAUAAACAAAUAUAAUUUUUUUACUGGCGUCAAUCAUUUAUAUUAUAAUUUAAUUAUAAGCAAUUGGCAAAGAUUUAAUUUUUACCAUUUGAAAAUGGCGAUAGAUAUGGUGACAAAAAUUUUACCUGUAUCCGUUUGAAGAUAAAAUCGGAAUUUUAGCGCACGCGUACCUGGAUAAAAUAUAUAUCUAUAUAUUUAAAUGGAAAAGAGUCCAUGUGGGUCACCGAUAGAUGCAUAGACGUUUAAAGUCAAGGACCGACACAGUUUUGCCCAUCUAUAAAAGCAACUACUUUCGGCAAUAUCUCAAUACAUUAUUUAUUAUAAUAAAAUAUAUCAUUUGUUUUUUUUUUAAAUCUACAUCAAAACCAGUUCCUUUGAAUAAAUUACCAGCUCUUGAACACAAAAAAUAAUAUAUGUAUAUAAAUAGAUAUAUAAUAAUUUAAUUAUAAAACUAAAUAAAAAAAAACAAUGAGUUUGAUUUUAUUUAAAAAUUUAGUGUCAAAGAUUUCGUGCAACGUUUUAUGUCCUACCAUUUUUGUGCAUUGUGUUUUUUAAUUUUAUAAUUUUUCGCAAUAUUUAUACCGAUUUAUCGGAUUGUAAAAAUAUUUUAUUGUUUCAAGUUAAAAUAAACGAGCUGAAAGUGAUUGUAAUAAAAUAAUAACUGGUAUGAUAAUUUAAAAGAUUUGCAAGUCGUUUUAAAGAGAUUUUAAAUCCUUGAAAUGGAGUACGGACACCUACACCAACACCAUGUUCAAACAAUCCUGUAUGAUGAUUGAAUCAUGAUAAUAAAAAAAUAUUGUCCAUGGAGAUGGCAAUGCACAACAAAGCUAUUGGAUAACAACUGUGGAGUGUCGAUUGUCAAGUGGAUUGUCUUAAAUAAACAAUUGUUAUUAUAAAUAAUUAAAAAAUUAUUUAAUUGAUAAAUUUGGAGACGGAGUAAUUAUUUUAGAUACGAUAAUAACGAAAGUGUAAAAGUUUAAUUGUGUCCUAAUGCGGGUAUGUGGAUGCAUUUAUACCAAAAAAAAUGCCAGGAAGGCAUCUGCAGAGACUCUCGUAUCUCUGCAACAUGUUUACUUUUAUUUUUAUUUUUUUGUCAUAUAUGUGUUAAUGCAUAUGUAACUGAUGCCGCCGUACCCCGUCUUUCCAAGGAUGCCGAUACACCGCAAGACAUUCUCAAGGCAUCGGAAAAUACUGAUCAUAAAUGUACCAAUAUGACUUCUGUCGUCAAUCCUGAUGCAGGUUUGUCGAUGGUGAGUCAUGAGUCUGGGUAUCCUUAUCCACCAACAGUGCCUCCAUCAUUUUUAAGCGGAGCUCUUACUUGCCAGCCCUACCGUGGAAUUUAUGUUAAUCACAUCUACUUUCAACUAGCAAAU